AGCUGCCUCAAACGCAGACAAAAGUAAUGUGCAACAAACCCAACCUGUAUGUUUUCCAUACAUUUAAUAACAUCUUCGUCUGCAUGUUCUAAUGACAAUUUUUAAUCCAAGGAGACGACGCUGAUGUAAUCUGAUGUCAUUAUGGACAAAUAUAGAUACGACUCUGGCUGCUAACACGCCCACUUUUCCUCCGACCGUUUUGCAGCAUGGACGAUGCUCUUGGAUGGAGAUGAAUCAGUUUAUUGGCGAGCUCAUGACAGCAGGAGGCUCCCUGGAUCAUCCCCGCAAGAGUCCGCUCGAUGUGGUGAAUGUGGCGUGGGGUGCGGCUGCAAGAGACGUCACAAAGUUCAAAGGUGUCGUCUUUGGGCCUCGAACUGAAGUCUGUAAAACUGAGCUGGAAAUAGAGAGGUGUUUGGAUCCUGGCUCUGAAAAGAAGACAAGAGAUCUACAUCGUGCCUGCACCUGUCCUGGCUGUCCAUCCUCCAGUUCCUCUUUCCAGCCGUUUCAACCAAGACAAUCUACAUCACCUCCACCACGCACAGAUACUAAAGACCUCAGCACUACCAGCUCCUGUUUACCUGACAGCACAGACAAUUCAGAGCCCAGUAGCAACACGUCUGACUUAACAAUUGCUGAAAGGCCCAGAGACAGUGAAGAAAGGCCUGAAGCACCUCUCUCCAGAUCUACCUUCCCUCAGACCCCAAUAUAUCCUUGUUUAUGUUGCCAGCGAAGCCUUCAAACUUCUCAGCCAGAUUUUCCCCUCUCCCAUCACAACCCCCAUCAUCAUCACUGCUCAUCGGCAUCGUGCGUGCCUUGUUCUCAACCCCACCCACACACAUCUCCUCAGAACACAUGCCCUUGCUACUCCUGUCAGCGACCCUCCCCUCCUUGCAGCCAGCCAUGUCUACACAAUCAACACAAACAAACACAGCAACAAGAGCCAAAACCAAAUAAUAAUAAUAAUAGUAAUAAGACUCCUAUUCUGACUGUGCACCCCUGUAUGCAUUGCACUGCCUCUUUCUCAAGGCCGUCACAGCUGUUGCAACACCAGCGGUCGGAGCACGCAGACAAACCAUCUGGGUUUCUUUGUACUGAAUGCGGCCGGACAUUUAACUCACACAGUAAUCUUCGCAUUCAUCUAAAUGUCCACACAGGUGCGAGGCCAUAUUCCUGCUCUGAUUGUGGGAAGAGCUUUAGUCAGUCGGGUGCACUGAAGAUACAUAGGCGCAUUCAUACAGGAGAACGACCAUAUGCAUGUGGUUUUUGUGGUCGGGGGUUCCCACAUCUGGCGGGAGUCCGAGCUCACCAGAGAACACACACAGGUGAAAAACCGUACAGGUGUGUUCAUUGUGGAAAAUGUUUUACCCAAUCAGGAGCACUCAAGAUCCACACUCGAAUCCACACAGGAGAGCGGCCUUUUGCUUGCAAAAUCUGUGAAAAAAGCUUCUCCAACAGAUCUGGAAUACGCUUUCACUAUCGGACUGUCCAUGGUUUGAUCCCUGAAAAUCAAGAUGAAGGCUCGGUGAGUCGGGGUUCACACCUGGGCAGGCCUAGGACUGUAUCUUCUCCUAGUGUUCAAAUAAUCAACUCCUCACCUCUGAGUUCCAGCAAGAUUGUUAUGCCUCCAAAUGUUUCGCCACAGAGAGGAGACCAUGAGAAAAAGCCAGAGGCUGAGGUUGCUCUCUCAGAUGACCAUAGAAUUCUUCUGCUUUAUACAUGUGAAGAUUGUGGGCUGCGUUUCAAAGAUGCUCCCUCUCGGAAUAGACACCAGACUUUGGCUCACUAUUUUUCUGAUGGGAGGCUCGGUGAAGCAGGAAGCAAGGAAGUAAGCACAAAUGAAGGCCAAGCAUAAGAAGUGAUUUUACUUCAUGUAAAAUUAAGUAAAAUGAAUUGUAAAGUU